AUGCAAGACACUGAGCAUUUAUAUGAAGUGCCUUGUGAUCUACUCACUAGUACUGAAUGCGAAACAGAACAAGUAAAAGAGCAACUCAAGCAUCUGAACAACGUCACACUUCAUAUUGCUGUUACAGGAUCAACCGGCGGAGGAAAAUCCAGCUUUAUCAAUGCAAUGCGAGGUCUUCAACCCGAUGAUGUCAAUGCAGCUCCCACUGGAGUGACUGAGAUGACAAUGACACCAACGGUGUACACACAUCCUACAAUGCCCAAUAUAAAACUCUGGGAUCUGCCAGGGACUGGAAGUCCCAAAUUCAAAGCCAAAAAAUAUCUAAAAGAGGUCAAUCUUGAGGCCUUUGACUUCUUCAUCAUCAUCUCCUCAGAGAGAUUCAAAGAAAACGACAUCAUGCUGGCUAAAGCAAUUAAAGAGAAGAAGAGGUUGUUUUAUUUCCUCCGCUCGAAGAUUGACAAUGACAUUCAAGCGGAAUCUCAAAGGAAAGACUUUGAUGAGCAGAAAGUGCUCUCUCACAUUCGUGAGGACUGCCAUAGAAACCUUAAGGAUAACCCAAAUGUUUUCCUGAUUUCCUCCUUUGAAUUGCAUAAAUAUGAUUUUCAGGCCCUCAUCGACACAUUGGAGAAGCAGCUACCUGCUCACAAGAGAGAUGCUUUGGUUUUGUCCUUGCCAAUAUACUCUUCCAGGAUUCUGGAGAAGAAAAUCGAAACAUUUUUUAAGCAAACCUGGCCAGCAGCCGUUGCGUCUGGUUGCAUUGCUGUGGCUCCUGUGCCUGGUCUUUCCAUUGCUUGUAAUGCUGGCAUUUUGCUGGGUUUCUUCACCAAGUGCUACUACGCCUUCGGUUUGGAUGAUGAAUCAAUCGACAAGUUGUCUGUGAGGGUCAAUAAUCCAUCCCUGAAAUCUGUAAGAAGUUCACCUCUAGUGGUUGCUAUUGGGCAAAAGAAACUCAGUAAUAAAGAGCUGUCAGCACUGACAAGUAAGGAAGCAGCUGUUAAAUUCGCAUGGAGUAUGGUUCCUGUUGUAGGGAGCAAAAUAACAGCAGAUAUGUCUUACUCUGGAACACUGAACCUUCUGCGAGCAGGACUUCAAGAUCUUGCGGAUACAGCCAGAGAAGUGCUGAAAGCUGCAGGUCUGACUGAUGUCUAUUAAAAUAGAUCAGAGUCAAAAGGUCAUGACACUGCUGUGGUCAUUGAUCUUUUUGGUUAAACUAGCUUAUUGCCAUAUUGCAAUAGUAUGAAUCACUCAAAUCUGUUUUAAAACAUGUAAAUAACUUUUAAAAACUAAAAAUUUUCUUUGACUUUAAACCAAGACUGAGGACAAAAAGUAAAACAUUCAAGACUGCGAUACAUACACACUUGGGGUG